CGUGACAACGUUCACACGCAGACGCACAAAGCAUUCAGCAGAGUGGAGCGUUCUCCGCACACCAGCCGGUUAAUUUGCCCUCUUCCUGUCCUUCCCCUUCAUUCUCGUGCAGCUCCAUCAUAAAAAAAAAAAAAAAAAAAAAAAACCCAAAAAAAAAAAAAUAGCCAUAAAAAUCCCCAGACGAUACCGACAUCCCAGCGACUCUUCCACCGCACCACCCCCCCCCUCGACUACCUCACGCGGCCCGUGACCGUCUGUUUCCGCCGGUGACUGCGGAUUUCUCCUUUCUCCUUGCGGGGAUCCUGCGAGUGGGGAUCAUUAUCUGACUUUAAACACGACCGGACCCGAUUUCACAGCGGGAAAUACACCGCAGUCUUUUUUUGUCUUCCUUUUUCCGUUGCCUCCCUUCCGUUUACCUGCACCGGUCCGAGUUGAGAAGAGCAACAGCCUCUGGCGGCGCAUCACUGAGACAGACAAGCUUCCAAAUCCGACUGCAGUCAUGGAUGAGAUGGACCUGCCCCAGAUGAAGAAGGAGGUGGAGAGCCUCAAGUACCAGUUGGCUUUCAAAAGAGAGAAGUCCUCCAAAACCGUGACAGACUUGGUGAAAUGGAUCGAAGACGGCGUCCCGGAGGAUCCCUUUCUGAACCCCGAGCUGAUGAAGAACAACCCGUGGGUGGAGAAGGGAAAGUGCAUCCUUCUGUAGGAGAGCGCAGCCAGUUUAUCGUUCCCUUCCAACGCAGACCCACAGAUGCCCCCCCCCGCCCCUCCUCCCCUGACCCCAGGACUCUGCCUCACGACCUCUCACCAUGAAUGUAUAACAGCCCCGAGCGCACACACACGCACACACACACACACACA